GUUCGCGGAGCGCGCGCUGCUUGUAAACCCACCGUCCCACUGUUCAGCCCAGGAAACGGAAGCCUGGCGGGGCGUCGGGCCGUGGACCCGCGGGGAGGGACUCCAGCCCUCUCCCGAACCAACUUUUGCAUCAGUCAGCCCCGCGAGUGGGCUAACCCAGGAAGGAAAAAGUGGCCCAGAGAGGAAUCGAAACUCACCCAGGGUCACACAAGGCACCUCCGAGCUCUGUCCCCAGCCCAUCUCCAUCAGAUCUGGCAGUAGUGGAGAGCUGAGCCCAAGGCGUCAAGAAGGCCAGACCAUGGCCGCAGCCAGGGCUAGCCUGGGCCGGAUCCGCCCGGAGUCCUCCAUCCUGUUCCUAUGCGACAUGCAGGAGAAACUUCGAGACAGAGUCCUCUACUUCCCACAGAUCGUGUCGGUGGCCGCGCGAAUGCUGAAGGUGGCCCGGCUGCUGGAUGUCCCUGUCCUGCUGACGGAGCAGUACCCACAAGGCCUGGGCCCCACAGUGCCCGAGCUGGGCGCUCAGGGCCUACGAGCCAUAAGCAAAACAUGCUUCAGCAUGGUGCCCCCGCUGCAGCAGGAGCUGGACAGGCGGCCUCAGCUGCGGUCCGUGCUGCUCUGUGGCAUCGAGACCCAAGGCUGCAUCUUGCACUGGGCCCUCGACCUCCUGGACCGAGGGCUGCAGGUCCAUGUGGCGGUGGACGCCUGCUCUUCUAGAAGUGAGAUGAACCGGCUGGUGGCGCUGGAUCGGAUGCGACAGAGCGGUGUCUUCCUGUCCACCAGCGAAGUACUGAUUCUCCAGCUGGUGAAGGAUGCCGCCCACCCGCAGUUCAAGGAGAUCCAGAAGAUCAUUAAGGAGCCAGUCCCAGACAUGGGACUGCUAAGCUUCUUCCAAGGCAAGAGCAACCCCCUGUUGCUGAACUCCAGGCCCUGACUUGAAGGAAGGACCCACCCUCCUCGUCACCCAGACGUUGAUGGAUGCCUCUUCCUUCAUCCAUGGAUCCCAAGAGUGGUGCAGUCCGCCAGGAGAGCCACCCCCGUGGGAGAGGAGGCGUGGUCUUGCCUUCUGAUUGGGCAGCUGGUCCCGGAAAUGCAAAUGAGGCCCCCGGUGCUGGGUGGGAAUUGGCUGAGGGA